AUGAUGCGGGUUUCCACAUUUCCUCCUCUCCUUCUUCUUCCCCUCGCACUCCUGCUCCUUCUUCCUGUCGCUCCGGCACAUGGCGGACAUGUUCUGGCUUUUCCAGGAGAGUUCAGCCAUUGGUUGAACAUGCGGACCAUCUUAGAAGAGCUACUGAAGAGGAACCACUCUGUCACCGUCUUAGUGCCCGAUGCAUCGCCAUCUAUCAACUACAACAACAGCUACGAGGCCGCCAAGUUCAACUUCCUGGUCUUCAAGGUGCCAUACAGGAGGGAGGAGUAUCUGAGCAUCAUGCAGGAAUUCAUCCGCUUCUCCAUGUAUGAGUCACACACCUCCUCACUGCUGCAGAAAUUCAUGAAGUCCAGCAACUUCAUGGGGCAGACUUUAGACUUUGGGAGGCAGCAGUGUGAUGGGAUGCUGAAGAACGAGCGGCUGAUGGCGAUUCUGAAAGAUGCCACGUUUGACGUCGUUUUGCAAGACUCAUUGGUAAUGUGCGGUGACUUGGUGGCUGACGUCCUCGGUGUGCCACUUGUCCUCUCGCUACGCUGCAGCAUUGGCAGCGUCAUGGAGCGACACUGUGGUCACGCCCCAUCACCACCAUCUUAUGUCCCAGUAGUUCCUCUUCCCUACAGCGACUGCAUGACAUUCACGGAGAGGCUGAUCAACAUGGUGACGUACGUGGCGUCAUCGUUACUAACCGAACUGGCCUGGAAGCUGUCGCUGGAUAAAUACUACAGUGAGAUCAAAGGAAGUGCCAGCAGUGUGUGUGAGACUCUGGGAAAGGCUGAUGUGUGGCUCAUCAGGACAUUCUGGGACAUUGAGACCCCACGGCCAAUCCCGCCCAACUUCAAACACGUGGGCGGUCUGCACUGCAAACCUGCCAAUCAGCUGCCGGAGGACCUUGAGGAGUUUGUGCAGAGUUCAGGCGAUGCUGGCGUAGUCGUGGUUUCCUUUGGCUCCAUGGUAACCAACCUGACGAUGGAGCGCGCUAAUGUCAUCGCCACUGCCUUUGGACAAAUCCCACAGAAGGUGAUUUGGCGUUACCGUGGCGAUGCUCCAACUGCACUGGCAUCAAACACGAAGAUUUCUAAUUGGAUUCCUCAGAAUGACCUGCUGGGUCACCCCAAAACACGAGUAUUUGUGACUCACGGCGGCACUAAUGGUCUGUAUGAAGCCGUGUUUCACGGUGUGCCUCUGGUCGGUAUCCCACUGUUUGGUGAUCAGCAUAAUAAUCUCGCCCGUAUGAGUCGCCUCGGCACCGCCAUCGUCCUCGACAUCAGUCAAUUGACGUCUGAGGAGCUGACAGAGGUGCUGCACACCAUCAUCAACCAGCCGAGCUACAGGACCAAAAUGCAGCGUCUGUCAGCGGUGCACCGUGACCAGCCAGUUACACCACUGAGUACCGCCGUCUUCUGGGUGGAGUUUGUGAUGCGACAUGGUGGAGCACGGCACCUACGGUUAGCAUCACAUGACCUGAACUGGUUCCAGUACCACAGCUUGGACACUGGUGCUGCCCUGCUGGUCGCCUUGAUGACCGCUGCUGCUUUGUGGUGGACAUGCAUACGCAGCUUCCUGCAGCGGUGCAGAUGGCGAGCAAGAAGAGAGAAGAAGGACUGAAAGGAGUUUUUAAAUUUUUAACGUGAUACAUGAAAAUGUUUUGACAUUGUGCAAAGGCGCAAGGCAGAGCCUUCAGCUUUCAGGCCCCUCUUCUGUGGAACCAGCUCCCAGCUUGGAUUCAGGAGACAGACACCCUCUCUAUUUUUAAGAUUAGGCUUAAAACUUUCCUUUUUGAUCAAGCUUAUAUGUAGUUAGAGCUGCUACUAAAGAUAAUUUUUGGUAGUCAAAUAAUCUGUCAAUUAUUUUAUCGAUUAGUCAAUGAUUAUUUAACUUUUACCUCACCUGUUCAAGCCUGCACACCUGUUAAGAUCACCUUGUUGUUUCUUAUCACAAUUAAAAUAAUGACCCAUAAAAAUACGAGUUUGAAACUAAUCAGAUGUAUUUUUAAGAUUAAUGUGACCAUCACAAUAAAUAUCAAAUAAUUCAAUUCAA